GCUGGAAUCGUCGUCCUAUGCCUUUGCUAGUGCAGGAGUGAAUCACGGCCAGUACGACCCGACGUCUGCUCCUGGUGGCUAUUCUUGUUCUUUCGCGAACAUUAACAUCAGCUGCAUGUCUGCCACGCACUUCCAACUCAAUACGACUGGACCUCCACCAUUGCCUACUCAAUCAACUGCUCCUCGCGCCACUGGGCCUCCACCAUUGCCUGCGAUACUGGGUGUCCCUGGUGCGACCACCGGAGCUGUACUAGGAGGAGUGGGAGUUGUGCCCCAUCAGGAGGUAGUAGAACAUCAAGAUGUAAUGAUAUUAUCUGGUGGUAACAUUCUCAAGAACACGGGAAGAGAUCUGAGACUGAGUAGUAGAAGCAACAUUCAAGAAAAUGAUGAAGGAUCCUGUAUUUUGAGGCUUCCCCUAAUCCAUCGUCUCCCUAGGGAAGAUCGUUCCUCAACCAUUUCCGUAUGCUGGUCUCCUUGUGUGAGUACUUCUUGUUAGGUAAAUGAAUGAAUGGAAACAUAUACCAGCAGGGGGAUACCGACGUACACGCGGCUCGAGUGAAUGGUUCCGGUAUUUGGUAACCUGAAUUUGAUCAUAAGGGAAAACAAGAAGAGAACCCUUAUGAUCGAGUUCAGGUUACCAAAUACCAGAACCAUACAUCGAGGGCACUCGUCAGGGAAGAUGACCCGUCAGGGAAGAUGACUCGUCAGGGAAGAUGACUCGUCAGGGAAGAUGACUCGUCAGGGGUCUCCACUCGUCAGGGAAGAUGAAUUGGGGAAUACUCUAACCCGGUUCUUCUUUAGACCCAUCUUGUUAAUCAUGAUAAUCUUCAGGCGAAUCUUCCGUAUCCGACGCCUGCUGGAUCUUCCUCCAACCCUUGUUUUUUUAAGGUCACCUACCUUUUAUCCAUCUUGCUCAGGAACAUUAUAUCUCUUUGUUCGCCCUUUAUUUCCCGUGUAUUUCAUCUAUUUCAUGAGUUUAGAAAUAACAUUUUAAUAUUGUUGUAGAAGUCUUUUCAUUCUUGGAAAGAAAGGGUUCAUCAAGAAGAUGAGGGGUGGGGGGCGAGGUCAAGAAGGUAAGGUGACUCUAAAGACUCUUGUACAAACAGAGAGCAGGAAUCUACAUCAAACACGCAAUGGAUUGUCGCUUCUACUGGACCGACGGGCUCGAAUGCACCGAAAAAUGUUAGCCCAACAGGAGCUACGACGACCACAACUCCUGGAAUCUUUAUGACUUGACCACGCCAACUCGUACUGGAUGAAAAAUUAUAUGUAUCUAUAAGAACAGGUAUUCUUAAGCUUAUUAAUCAGUACUUCUUGGUCUUCCUAGGCUAGAUGUACAACUACACGAGAACUUUUUUAUUUGACUUGACCCCGAUGGAAGAUCGAUGAAAAAUAGCCUACCCUGAACGAGCUCUAAGUCUUUGUCUCUUCCAGCGUUACCGCCAACGAUGAGUGCCAUGUCGACAGACUCUACUCAAGGCAGACCAAACAGCGCUUCCCCACCACCUCUGCAGGAGUUUCUUAUGGUCUGUCUCUCUUGGGUCGUGUGGUCAUGUAAUCAUUCUAGAGUAUUUAGCAACUACAAUUGGAGCAUUCUAAUCCCUUUUCCGGAACGGGGCCAACACCGUUUGAAGAGCUAGGCAUGAUGCUACGGAGUGGUAGCAGCUUAGGAGGUGCUGGUGGUCUAUCUACCGCUCACAGUAUUCCGAAUAGCAUUCCAAAUGCUGUUUCCGCAAGAAGCUUUUGGUUAUGGAGGAAAAGAUAUUAUAAUAUUUGGACUUUGGUAGCUAUGUAGCAGAUAAGAAGAUACUUGAUGAUAGAUAGUCAGCUUCUCUUUUCUCUGGUCUCUUUUUUUUAAGUUAGGUCACUUGUUCUUGUCCUUAAAAGCUCAUGAGCUGGUCGCUCAACUAGCACGUAUCCCGCGCGGAACACGAUAUUAGAUUUAGGAAAGUCUAGUAGUAGAGAAGAAGAAUGAGCUUGUUGUAGUCGCAGUGGCGGAGAAUUUUUUUCCAGAGCUGUAGAAUUUCACUGUUUUCGUUUGGGGGCUUUUCGAAAUUCAGAUUCAGUGUAAGUAGGUAAAUAAAGACUUCUAGAACCUGUUUCCUCUAACUAACUCGACCACGAGCAACAACUUUCAGUCUCUCUUGUGCCCGAACAUUUGCCCCACUAGUGCGUCACCGUCGCCGGACCUGUUAUCUUGUUUCUCUCAGCCGGGCCUUAUUGCGAGUACUGCUGGGGGUGGAGGAGAUGGUAUUGAAUUUGCGACUUAUGGUCUUCUUGUCUUGUACUUAGUUGUAGUCGAUGCUAUGAAUGAUGAAUUGCUUUUCUUGAUGUCAAAGCUGGAGAAUGAGAGUCAAAGGUUGCAAAAAAACUUAAAGAAAAAGAUCUUCCUCAAACUAUAUCAACGUAGAAACACUAACAAGGUGAACCAGAACCUUCACAUCUUCAUUUGAAGAAAUUAAUAUUAUAGUCAGGAAACUACAGGGUAGUUCCAUAUGACAUGACUUUUUUCCAACGUCUCUCCUACAGCGAGCAUUCCAGGAUUAUUCGAGAUGUCUGCCGGGGGUGCCAGUGCUGUAGUCGAUUCAUCUGCAGUCCCGAUUUUCCAACCUCAGCCAGUGCAGGCAGCUCUGUUGAUGAAUCGCUGUCUCAACAAUGCUAAUGUCUUUAAGGGUCCAAUCAAAAAAUCAAAAAUUUUGAAUGGAAAAGAACGAGAACGAGAACGACCAAGACGCUAGUAACCGAGAAGGUAAUUUUUUGGUAAGUAGGUCUAAUAAUGCGGGCUUUGCGACGAACAGCGCCGCAGGAAUGCUUCCGCCACUGAGCAUGAUUAUGAAAAUGUUCAACAUACUCCAGCUCAAAAAGCAACAGCAACAACACGUGUAUGAAUGGUUUCGGUAUAAAUUGGUAACCUGAAUUUGAUCACAGGGAUUCUCUUCUUGUUGUCCCUUAUGAUCAAAAUCAGGCUACCGAAUACCAAAACAACACGGGUAAGAAUAUGAAGAGCCUCUUCAUACACGUGUUGUUCUUCUACUUCACAAGUACAAGCUGGUUUAGUUGAAGAAGAAGGUUCUAAACUUUGCGCUUUGUUAGCAGGAGGUACAGGAGCUGCCGGAUCUGGUAGACCCAUGGCAACUGAUUCCGGCCUCAGUAUGGAGAAUAACGCAGCAGUAUCAAACGUGAUGAUCACUCCGCAAAAUGAUCAUGCCUUGCUCUCUCAGAAAGAUGAGGAAACGUCGAAGGACAAGGAGGGUACUUUCACUUUGUUUACGCAGGAAACCGCGAGGUGUAGCGCUGGGAUCAUGCAUGCUUUUUCAUCUUGUUCUCAUCAUACAAUUUAUUUCAACUCCAGCAAGCUGUUGAAAAAUACUUCUAUUUAGGCUACCGAGUAUUGAAGAUUCAUUACAACUGCUCUCUUCUCACAUUCUAUUUCCACUCACAAUUGUCAGAUAGCAACACCAACGUCGAUAGGAUUACGUCGACUGGAAGAGCACGCACCAGAUUCGGGAAAACAGUAGACGAUGGGAAGGUAUUAUACCUAUUCCAGCGGGAUCAACUACCUUCCAUCCACCAGAUUCCAACUCUUCAUUGCGGUGGAAACACCCAUCUAAUGUAAUCUAAUCUGAUCUAAUCAACAUCUAAUGUAAUCUAAUCUGAUCUAAUCCACAUCUUGAUAAUGUAAUCUGAUCUAAUCCACAUCCAGAUCUGGAGGCAUCAAUUCCACAUCACCAUCUAUCUUCAGGGUAACAAGCCAUCCGCAGCAGACUUGGUCUCGCGUUUAAUGUCACCGGGAGAGAUAUUGGGGAUGCACACUCCCGACUUUCCGGGACAACCCAUGCAGGUGGAAGAUCCUUUUCGCGUACUUAAAAAUACCUUCUGCAUGUAUAGAAAUUUUUAUGAUCAUCCUUGUGUGUGUUGACUGACACAGACACUUACUUUCAAUUUUAUAUCUACCCUUUAAGUUACUAUGCAGCUCUAGUUGUAGCAGUAAAACAAGUCAUUAUUUACAUCAACACAACUUCGUGCCAUCUGUAGUAACAGUUCUGUUGCCCUCAUUAAUACCCUCAAUAGUAUUGGAAUUUGAAUUUGAAUUGCUCUUAAAAAUACCCUCAAUACACCGAUUACUUUUUAACCAUUCAAAUGAAUGACUAGGGCCACGGUGGGAGAUCGAGCAGCGCAAGACGUAGUGGCACGAAGAGUGGUUCGCUUCGCAGAGUCCGCUCGUCGCAGAGCUUUGAAUGCUGCUAAUUGAAAUUGACGUAAAGAUACGAUUAUCUAAAUCUAGUUUGUCUAUCAAAUGACAACGAGCAACACAAAAAGUUAUUCGUUGUACUUGCUUGAAAUUGAAUUGAAAUUGCUACAGACACCAGAAGUAGAAUUUUGUUUUCCAUCUCGUCGCAGAGCUUUGAAAAUUGCUAAAGCUAAUACGCAUUUGAAUUGAAAAAAGGUCAUCAUCCACAUCCAGCAUCUCGGUUUCCAUAGACAUCAACUUGGCGCAAAAGCCUGAAGAACCUAACAUGUGUUUUUUUCAAAAAGUUCAAAAGGCUCCUUAGGUCUAACGGGAUUGCCUGACGUGAAGGACGUGAAAAGAGUAAGUCAGCACGAGUCGUCAUCUUCAUCAAGGUUGCUGAGUAAGGGUAUGCUGCCGUAUGACCACGAGGUGUGAUUAUCUUCGUGAUCGUGAUGAAAUUAAUUAUUGGUGUGAUGGUGGGAGAAAUCAUCUCUGAGACGCAGCCCUAAGGCGAUGCCCUUAGCAAAUCAUCUCUGGGUCAGUCAAUAACUAUAACACGAAUGGCACUAUCGUCAGUCAAUAACACGACUGGCACUGUCGUCAGUCAAUAACACGACUGGCACUAAUAUUUAUAUAGUUGUAGAGGUGUACGUCUGACGAAGUCAACUAAGGACAAAAUAGAGGUUGAACAACAGCAAGUACAGGGGACUCAACGUGAAGGCUGACACGACCACAAAAAAAUGUAUUUCGCCUGCGUCUCUUUCGCAAGCUCAGGUUAUAGUUGUAGAGGUAUAUGAUGUUGUCGUCCCUGUCGGCGUGGCCUGGCCGCAGGUCAGCGGAACCGCAACCUUCUCGGAUAAGUACAUCUACAUGUGAGAGCAGUUGUCAUCUGAAGAGUUGUUGAUGACCUUUCGAUCCCUAAGCCUAAGAGUUUUUUUUCAUAAAUGUUCAUUCAUCUGUUGUACUCGUAUUUUCUAUCAAUCAAAAAAUCAAUGAAGUCUUCACAUACAGGAGCACAAGCAUUUCACCUUGAGACGAGAGCGGUAGAUCAUCUAGGUUUUACAUCUCCACCUACCGUAUCAAAGGGGUAACUCUGCAUUCUAGGUAUAAGCCAUCUGGGUAUAUCUGCAUUCUAUAGACCGUAUCAAGAAAGCCAUCUGGAGAACUACUCUGCAUUCUAUGCAUAAGGUAGAGCAGUCGUUCAAGGACAACGACAUCAAGAAGGUCUACAUUCUAUAAUAUGAAGAUUAGGACAUCUGCGGAGAUAAGUGAACAGCUAUGCAGUUGUAGGUCUACAUUCUAAAGGAACAUGAAGGUUAGGACAUCUGCGGAAAGAAGUGAACAGCUAUGCAGUUGUAGGUCUACAUUCUUGUGACAUCUGGUUUUGGGGAGCUGUGUAUAUGUAUAGGUCGCGCGGUAGAGGUAGAU